AUGAUCACAACUUUUACAUUUAACAGUUACGCUUGGUAAUAUUAUAUUUGGAUUGGAUGUUAAAGUUUUCGAUUUAAAGUAAAUGAUAUAAGUAUGAAUUUUGAAUAUGAUAAAUUAGAUGAGACAUUAUGUUGUAAAGUGUAAAAUUCACUUUUUAAUCAGUUAAAAACACCUUUUUGAUUUAUUUGUCUAAGAAUUUAGGAUAAAUGUUGAAAAGAAGGCUUUUUCUUAAGAAAGAUCUUGCAAUACAACUUUUUAUAAGAUAAUAAAAUGCAUAUAUGUUAUGUAUUUGCUUGUCUGAAAAAUUUCAAACAUUCUUUGUUUGUUUGAAGAAAUUAUUUCAAUUAACAAUAUUUAUAAAGUAGACAUUAUUAUUAAUCUUCAUUUUGAUUAGAACUUCAUUUUAGUUUAUAAUUCAGCAAGAAAUUUAUAUGCUUAAUGGCUAAGUGAAUAGUAGAAUUAAAAAUUUUUCUGUUAUUUUCUGGCUGAUUAUUUAGUAUAAAUUUUUUCUUUUAAAAGAGAAAUAUUUUAAUAUUUUCAAUAAGAUGCAAUAAGUAAAAAAGACUUAAGAUGAGCAAAAUAAUGCUUAAGAAUCAAAUUAAGAUAGAAUAAAGCAGAAUGAAUCAAAUCGUGAAAAAUUAUCAAUGAGGGUUGACAAUUAGAAUUCAGAAGAAAAUGUAUAUAUUAAUUUAAUACCUUUAGGUUUUAAUAUAGACAAAUUAAUAAUAGCCUAUUGAAGGAAAUAAAAAUGCAAAGAAAAAAGAGUUUUCUUUAGUCAAAUAUUUCAGACCUCCUCCUGAUCCUGUUUUAACUUGGGAUUAACAUUAAGAAAAAAAAUUAUAUAGUGAGUUCUAAGACUUUAUAGAAUCUAAAUAUCAAGAAGUUAAGAGAAGUUCAAGUCUCUAAAAAUAUUAUUUUAAAAUAGGAUUUCAAGUAUUCAUUUAUAUCUUAAAUGUGCUUGAACUCAUCUUUACAUUAUGUUAUAAAUCAUUUAAUGAGAUGGAAGAUAAAGAAGGUUAUAGAUUUAAAGGAGUUGAAAUAAUUGAAAUAGAUUUAGGCAUUUAUAUAGAUUGUUAUCUCUUAUCUAUAAUUGUUUGUGUUUUACUACAUUGUGGAACUUGGAUGUACACAUUUAAAUUCAGAUAAGUAGCGAAAAAGAACAUAUGUAUAUAAAUAGGAUAUUAUAUCUUUUAUAUGAUAAUGGGUGGAUUAAGUUAUUUUAAAUUAGCUCCAUUUCUUUACUAUUUCAACAGAGAUUAAACUAUUUAAUAGUUUUCUUUUAGUGAAAUAAAUAAAUAUUUAAUGUUAGAUGCAGAAAAUAAAUUUAGAAAUCCGUCAGGACUUUUUAAAAAAAGAACGAAACCUGUCAAUAUAUUUAGAGAUUUAAUAUUCCAUAGAGUUGCCCUUGUUUCAAUGAUGAUAACAAUGUGUCUUUAAACAUUUCCUUAAUUAUUUAUAUAAGGUUUUUAUAAUAAUGUGAAGGCGGGCUGGAAUGGAUAUAAUACUUUCAGUUAUUUAUUAUUAAUAAGUAAUUUAAUUUAUUAUCUUUUUGAAUUACAAUUUAUUGUAUUUACAACUACUUAUAGAUAAAUGUAAACAGAACUUUAAUUUAAAUUGAAAAAAAUUAAAUUGAAAUUUAUUUAAGAAACUAAACAAUUACUAAAAGCAGAUUUAAAAUAUAUAGGAUUUGUUAAAUCAUUUUAUUUUUAAAUUGAUCCAAGUACAUUUAAUUCUUACCAAAAGAAAAGAUGUAUGGUUUAAAUUAUUGCAUUCUUAACAAAGUAUAAGAAAUUAAAAAAUAUUUCAUUCUCUUUUAUUGAUUAAUAUGAAGAAGUUACAUUGUAAUAUUUAGCAAACUUAUUCAAAGUUAUUUAAGUAGAAAACAUAAGUUUAUACUAUAAAGAUUUAAGUAAAUUGUAAACUCUGGAAAGUAUUUUUAAUAAAAGUGAUUUUCCAUAAUUAAAGUUGGAACUUUAAAACAGUGAAAAUAUUGAUGAAUUGUGGAAUUCUCCAGAAAAUGAUGAAAAUGAAGAAGAGGAAAAAGUUUAAAAAAUAUAAUUUAUUUAAAAUCCAAAAAUAAAUGCUGGUUGGUAAGUAUUAUAAAUGAAUUAAUAAUUAAGAAAUAGAGAAUACAUAGCAAUUUCUUCUGAUUUUUCUAUGUAUAUUCCUGUUGAUAUAAUGAGAUCAAUGUCACGUAAUAUUGCUACAAGUUAUAUAAAAACUUAAUCAUUAAAUAAUAAUGUUAAUACUACUAAUCAAGAUACAUCUGAAAAGAUAGCAAGAGAAGCUAAAGAAAAGAUUGAUAGUAUUUCAAAAAAAGAUCUUUUUGAAGAAAGAUUCGGUUAAAUUAAAUUUUUGAUGACAUUAUACUCAUAUUAUGAACUUUGGAGUUAAUUAAAUUCAGUUCGAGGAUGUCUACAAACUAUUUGGUCAUUGUUUAAUGGAUCUUUUUAAAUUAUUUCUCUUGUCUAUUUAAGUCAAGAAAAUAAUGCUUUUGUAGAUGCAUUAAUAAUAUUAACAGUUUUAAAUCCAAUUAUGUAGAUGGCAUCUUUUUCUGUUUUUUAACAUAGACAAUUUAAAGAUUUUAAAAUUUUGAAUUAAGUUAUCAAUACUAUUUUAUUUGGAAUAUGUAAUUUUUUAAAGAUUUGGGAUAUUGUAAUGAUUAUGUUAUACUUAUGUGCUAAACAAUUUGCAUAAAGUUUUAAAAGAGAUUUUAGUUCAGAUGGAUAUUUAAAAUUUAAAAGUUAUGCAGCAAAAUUUGUAGGAAAUCUCCCAAUUACAGUAUUUAAAUGGAAAAGUGUUUAACUUAAUGGAAGUAUCUUUGAAAUUAUGAGCUAGCCAUUUUAUCAAGCAGUUAAAUGGAGAACAAGCGUUGAAGAAGCUUUGAAUAAACUUCCUUAAUUUUUUAUUUAUAUUUUAGCAUUGUCAGAAGGAAAUGUAAGCGCUACUUGGGUUUUAUCAUUUAUGUAAUAAUUGAAAGAAGGUGUAUUAGCUAUUAAAGAUAUUCUAGAAGUUGUAGUAAAAGAUUUUUUUAUUCCAGCUUUAAUUUUAAGCAAAAUUUCAGUAAUAUAAUUCUUUUAAUCAAUGUUAUAUUUAAGUUCAGUUUCCAAUUAAAUUUUAUUAGAAUACCCUAAAUCUUUUUAAAUUAUGUCCAAAGUAGAUGAACAAUAUUUAAAAGAAUUAUACACAUUUAAAAUUGAUGUGAAAAAUUUAGAUUUUUCAAGAUAUGGCGGAAAAAAAAAAGAAAAGAUGUUAGCCUAAUUUAAAUACGUACUUGCUUCUAUGAAAAGAAUUUUAGAAAUAGAACAAGCUUAAAGAUUAUUUUGUAUGGGACCUGAAAUACAUGAUUUUGUCAGAUGUCUAAAAGUUAGUGAGAUUUAUUAAUUGAAACUAAACUUUUAUUUAGAUGAAGUUAAAGCUGGUAGUUUUCCUCAUAUUAAUGCAUUCAUUAAACAUUGCCCAUAAGAAUUGUAAUUUCUAUAAAUUUCAGUUGAAACUACAGAUUCUAUUAAUAUGGAAUUUUGUCUUGAAAGAUAAGCAACAUUGACUGCAUUUUCUUAUUCUUAUUUCUAAAUCAUGUAUAAAUAUGAAAAUAAUGCUUAAACAGCAGUUUAAUAACAAUGUUUAAAUAUAAAUAAAUCAUUUUUAGAGUUAGAUAGGUAUGAUAUUGAACAAUUUUAUUUUGAAGUAGCUGGUAAUCUUAAUUUAAAUGAAUCUGAAAAGCUUUUUGAAAAUUUCACUAACUUGAAAGUAUUUUGGAUGUCUCUUAAUAAUAAUAAUGAAUCUAAAUAAACAUUUAACUUUCAAAAUAAUUUAAAAAGUCGUUUAGAAAUUUUGGAUAUUACUUUUGAAAACAUUAAUUUAGAUUUUUAAUAAUACCCUUUUUAAGAUCUUAAAAUUUUUAAACUUGUUAUGAAAAGAUGUUAAUUUAAUAAAUAGGAUCUCAUAAAAAUUUUAGAAAAUUUUAAAAGUUAGACAUAAGUGAUUUAUAUAGAUAUGAUUAAUUGUGAAAAUCGCUUUACUAUCGAUGAAUAAAAAGAACUAUUGAUAAAAUUGGAAACUAAAAAAAUUGAUGUAACCAUUAAAAUUUGA